AUGCCUCGUCCAACAACUGCCAAGGAUCCAGGCGAUCGUCUCGAAUCCCUCUUUGCAGAGAGCAUCAAGCCGUCCACCGUGCCAGCGAGCGCGCCCUCGCAAGCUCCGACGUCCAUCAAGCCUUACCAAAAUGCUGAGACUCUCAAAAAAAUGCUCGCGGAUGAUAGCCGCCACGCCGUUGACUGCUGGCAGUUCUUCCUCGAACACUUUGGCCCUGAUGCUUGGAGGAAAGGCUCAAUCGAUCGAAAAUCGUCGCCAUCAUAUCUAUAUAUACGUGACGGAUCUUACUCUGGCAGAGCACUAUUGAAGCGAAUCAUACGUGCAAAGGAUGACGAUCCAUUCUCGACAACAUUGCCUGCCUUUACGGAAGUUACAACAGUUUACGCCCAAUUAGGUAUAUUGCAUGGUCCGGAUUGGGCGGACAUGAUGUUUUCUUUAAUUGAGAGAAUAUUGAAGUACAGAGAAUCUCCAUCGAAAGAUGACAAGCUCGAAGAUAUGCUCAUAUCAGAUCUGGUCGGUUCCUGGAAUGUCGUAUUUCGUCAGCUUGGGAAAAACCAACAUCCCGUUGAAGGUCCUCCUUUUGAUUGGUCACAUGUACCACCGAUAUCAUCUAAAAAUGCUAUUCAGGCAUACAGAAAGCGUGGGAUCCAAGGCUGCUUUGCGUUGCUCACUCCUAGUUUUUCCUUCCACCACAUAAAGGACAUUCCCGUCAUCGCUGUCGCAACCUUCACUCUCCUCACACAAGGACAUAUAUCCGAGAAAAAGGUUGUACAAGAGGCUGCCACACUUGUAUCUUCAUUAGGUCAGGUUAUCAGUGUCCUCUCGACGGAGUCGAGGCCAACCGCGGAAACGCGUGAACUAGCCGCAGAGACUGUCGAAGAAUUCGUCAAGACAGCUUGGUCCGAGACAAAAGAGUUGGCAGCCCGAAUGGACGUGCCGCCUGCUACAAAGACUCCCUCUUCAACUCCUUCGCAUAUGUCAACUCGGAUGUCAUCCACCUUCAUACAUAGAAGACUCCAGGACGCAUUUGUCAGACGAGAUGGCCAUGAAGUAGAUCGGUUGUGGGGUGAUAUGCUUAAACUUCCAGUCAAACAAGAAUCAACGACAGAUCCUGAAUUCCAGACCUCGAAAAACCCACAGCGUGGGUUCUUGUCUGUGGGCAUUUGCAACUAUUUCAUCUUGACCUACAUGGCACUUCGGCAGCCCAGCCGCGCUAUCGAUGUCUGGAAUUAUAUGGUCAAGAGUGGCUUGGUACCAAACCUGGCAACCUGGGAUUCUAUGAUGACUGGCUGUAAAACGUCUAGGGAUGCGAAAGCAUUGGAAAAUGUCUGGGCAAAAAUACUGGCCUUGCGGGUGCAACCAGAUGUCGUCUGUUGGACAACACGGAUCAGUGGACUUAUUGAAUGUAAUCAAUUCGACAAGGCAAUGCGAGCUCUUGACGAGAUGGGUCGGUUAUGGCUUGCGGCUGCACGAAGCAAGCAUGGCAAUUUGAAGGUCGAAGAAUUGCAGCACGUGGACGAUGUUGAAGGAGCCAUCAAGCCCACGACGAGUACCAUAAACGCAGCGAUUUCUGGUCUUCUCAAGAAACAUAAAGUGGAUGCUGCUCAUCGAAUCUUGGCGUGGGCUGGGAAAUUCGCCAUCCGCCCCGAUAUCAUAACAUAUAACACGCUUCUGCGAUCAGUCAUCCGCAAUGGUCAAACCCAGGAAGCGAUGGCACUCCUUCAGCAAAUGCAGGAUGAUGGUCUGGAAGCUGAUGUCGCAACUUUUACCACGAUUCUGGACGAAACCUUCCGUUACUUUGAUGAAAAUACUCCCGAGGAGCAGAAGGAAAUCAUCGCCACUAUCUUCUCGGAGAUGGAAAGUGCGGGCGUCAAGGCCAACCUACACACGUACGGUAAAAUUAUUUACCAUUUGUUAGAGCGCGAACCUACAGAUCUAACAGCUGUGAAUGCGGUUGUGGAACGAAUGGCUCGACAGGGUUUACAACCGUCCCCUUACAUCUCUACUAUGCUCGUGGAAUACUAUUUCUCUCGGCAACCUCCCGAUCUCGAUGCUGUGAGGGUCCUGAUCGAACGCUCCCGGAUGGAGCCUGCGAGCGUUGAUAAUAUAUUCUGGGACCGCGUGAUAGAGGGAUAUUCCCGAGUUGGCGAUACGACAUCAGCAGUGAGGAUAUUAGGCAAGGUUAAUAGUGGAAGUAGUAGGAUAAGUUGGACAACGCUCCAGAAGCUAUUAAGCUCGUUGGUGCAAAAUGAAGAGUGGGAUGUUGCUAGGACGUUGGUAAGGAAUGCGAAGAUCGAUAGUGGAGGGCCGCUACCGGAACACGUACAUGGAAAGAAGGACCAGCACCGCUUUUGGAGGUUGGUGGCAGAGUUGGAGUUGUUGGAUGCAUAA